AUGUCCUAUCUUUCCCUUUUUAUAUUUACAAUUGCCAUAUAUUUUAUUUGUGAUAUCAAGGAUAAAACUGACCGGAGACUAAGAAAGAGGUGUCAAAUGAGUAAAUUACUAACAUCACUCAAGUCAAAUAAAGCCCAAUUAAGACUUCAGUUUUGUGAAUUAACUGGUACUUCCAAUGCUACUGCCACAAAAUACCUAGAUAAUGCAAGAUAUGACUUAACAAGAGCUAUAGAUAACUACUACAACAAGCAUCCAAACAAGGCCCAAGUGAUCAAUAAACCAACAAAAGUGAAAAUAGAUGAUCGUUUAAUUCAGAUUUUUGACAAAUACAAGGACAACGAUGACCCAAAUAAAAUAGAUAUUGAAGGGACUUUAAAGUAUUUGGGUGAUUUAGGUAUUUCACCAGAACAAAUUGAAUCAUUAUCUUUAGCAUUAUUAUUAAAAUCACCAAAAACAGGAGUUUUCACUCGAGAUAAUUUUUUAAAUGUUUGGCAAUAUUAUAAAUGUUUUGAUAUACGAGCAAUGAGUGAAUUUAUAACUCAAUUCAAUAACGAUUUGGUGAACAAUACUGACAGUUUCAAAGAUAUCACGGUUGAUACCCUGAAUCUGGAACCUUUAAAGUUUAGGGAUUUGUACAAUUUCACAUUCAAGUUUUCAUUGGAGUUGGAAAACCAGAAAAUGUUGGAUUUAGAGACAGCUAUUGAAUAUUGGAAAUUGUUAUUGCCAAUAACCACCGAAACUCACAUCAAAGACAAUGGGCUUGAUGAAGAAUUUAGAAAUCAUGUAAAUGAAAGACUUGAACAAUGGUUUAAGUUCUUGACAGAUAACGAAUACAUGACCAAGAAAUCUAUAAGUUACGACAGUUGGUCAAUGUUUUAUUUGUUUUUUAAGGAAAUUGUUUUAACUGAUCCAAUAAAAUUCAAAGAUUAUGACGAGAUGGCGGCAUGGCCAAGUAUAGUUGAUGAGUUUGUUGAAUAUCUACAUGAUUUUGAAUUGUUAUGA